GAGUAUCAUAAAUAAUAAUUUGAGAGAAUCAAAGGAAAAUAACUUAUCAAUGGCGUUACAUCUAGUGUUAUGUCUCUGUGUUUAUCUGCUUGUUACACAAGGCGCACAAGGCAACAUUGAUGAAUAUGAUUGUGUUGACAUGUACAAACAACCAGCUUUCCAGCAUCCAUUGUUGAAAAACCACAAAAUUCAGGAAACAUUCAUCUUAGAUGGUAAUAUUGAUAGUAUCAACACAUAUACUAGCACAAAAGAGGAUUGUCCAAAAGGAACAGUUGCAAUUUUAAGACAAGGAAACGAAUCUCAGAACGUUCAUUUGAAUUCAGCCCAGUAUUUUGGUCAACAUUUUGCAACAAUUGAGACAGUGCUAGAUGGAAGCAUCUAUCGAGGAACUGAUGCAGAAAUAAGUAUUCAUGAUUUAAAUUUGCAAAAUAAUCAGUAUAGUAAAAGUCAAAUAUGGUUAGAGAAUGGAUCCAAUAGUAUACAAGCGGGUUGGGCAGUGCAUCCAAGGUUAUACGGUGACAGUGUCACACGAUUUACUAUAUAUUGGACUAGAGAUGGUUAUCAUAAAAUAGGAUGUUACAAUACUCAAUGUCCUGGCUUUGUGGUUGUAAGUCGAAACCUCAUUAUUGGAAAAGGAUUUUGGGGGUCAUCCGUCUAUGGUCAAACAAUUCUUACAUAUAGAUUGCAAAUUUAUCAGGAUGGCAUUAGCGGAAAUUGGAUACUUAAAAUGGCUAAUGAAGUGAUUGGUUACUGGCCGAGAGAGAUACUUACGUAUUUAAACAAAGGAGCUUCUCUAAUAAGAUAUGGAGGAAAUACUUAUUUAUCUCCUGAUGGAAUUAGUCCUCCAAUGGGUAAUGGACAUUUUCCAGUUGCAGAUUAUAAAAAGACUGCACAUUUUAAAAACAUUGCAGUUAGAAACCCUAACUAUGAGAGAGUUUAUCUUGAGGAUAAGGUAGUAAGACUUUAUGCUGAUUGUAAUAGUUGCUAUAGGGUAACAUAUUGGGGUUACUUUAAAUCCACUGGAGUGUCCUUUUCAUUUGGAGGAACAGGUGGAAACUGUGGUACUUGAUGAAUUGAUGGAUUCAAUUAUAUGUUAUGUACCAACCAAAUAAGAUGAAGCAAGUUUCUGAAUAAAAAACAGAAGUUAUCUAAA